AUGACCACAGCAACGGUAACAUAUCAUGAGUUACCACCUCUUACAAGUUGGGUAUCCGAUUCUCAACAACAACAACAGCAACAACAACAACAACAACAACAACAACAACAACAACAACAACAACAGCAAACCCAUAAUUCACCUUCUCCAACCUCAAUUCCAAUUACAACAUUUGUGGCAACGGUACCAUUAGGAAUUGAACAAGAUCAGCAAUCGCCGCAGAUUCUUACCGAUCAUCGACAUCCGCAACAACAUUCAUUGGUUACAUCACAAGAAAUUUUCUGCACUCAAGCAUUGAAUCAUUAUCGUACAGAUGUUGAAAUUGAUGAUAGUUUUUGGGCGGCCACAUCCUUCCUCUCAACACCACCACCAACUGCUGCGGCAGUUCAACGUUUUCAUCAGGUUCACUCCGCUUCUCAUGGAAAUAUUCAUUGUACUACGGUUGCUUUGCCGAUAUCAGGAACAGAACAACAGCAACAGCAACAGCAGCAGCAGCAACAACAACAGCAACAACAACAACAACAAUCACAGCAACAACGGCAACAACAACAACAGACUCAUGCCGAAAAUGAAUAUCGAAAUAAGAAAAGGCCUAAUAACAACAAUUGUCCAUCAGUACGUUCUCCAUCUUUACCUUCUUCGAGUGGUAUGAUCGCACAUAGUGUUACCGAAGAGCUUUGUUUAGUUUGUGGUGAUAAAGCAUCUGGUUAUCACUAUAACGCUCUCACAUGUGAAGGAUGCAAAGGAUUUUUUCGGCGUUCCGUCACCCGGAAAGCUAUUUAUCAUUGUAAAUAUGGUGAAUCAUGCGAUAUUGAUAUGUAUAUGAGACGAAAAUGUCAACAUUGUCGUUUAAAAAAAUGUAUGGAAAUUGGAAUGAGGCCUGAACUUGUGAUUCCGGAGGAUCAAUGCCGAAUUAAACGUGAAGCAAAACAAAAAUUACGCACAGCAUUAGAACAACAACGUAAAGCAAAUUGUGCUAGUCCACAACAAGCAGUUAGUUCAUCAGAAUCACCGGAUGAUUGUGUAGCAUUAUCAGUGGAAACAAGAGAAUUGAUUAAUCGAAUUGUAACAAUUGAUCAACAAUUUGCUACACCAUCCACUGAUACGUUAAUGAAAAUUUCGGAGCGUAAUGAAAUGGGUAAUUCUUAUCAACAACUUGCUGAAUUGACAAUUUUAAGUUUACAAUUAAUUCAUCAAUUUACAAUGCAUUUACCUGGUUUCUGCAAACUUACCGACGAAGAUAAACGUACUCUACAUAAAACAUGUAAAACAGAAGUACUUGUACUACGAACAUCACGUUGUUAUGAUAUGUUUGAUGAAAAAGUAGUCCUUGGAAAUGAAGCAAAACAAUGGCGCUACGAUCGUGAGCAGUAUCGUGAAUUUAUUGGACCAUUGGCUGAUUUAAUGUUUGAUUUUGCGCAUGCUUUAUCUAAAAUGCAAUUACAUCAGGCGGAAUAUGUUCUGCUUACUGCGAUUGCCGUUUUUUCAGAUCGACCCGGUUUACUUCAACCAAAAUCGGUAGAAGAUAUUCAGGAAGUUUACACUUCUGCACUACAAUCAUACGUUGAUGCCCUAAGACCUAAACAGCGCAAUAUUUUUUCUCGUUUGUUGAUGAAACUAACCGAUCUUCGAAGUCUUGCUUCUGAACAGAGUGAAAUAAUUACGGGAAUUAGCUCAACGGGUAUUGCUAUUAUACCGCCAUCAUCAUCACAACAAUCAUAUGAUACGAAAUUUACGACUGCAAAACCACAACUUCAACAUCCUCAGCAUCACCACCAACAACAACAACAACAACAGCAUCAGCAACAACAACAGCAACAGCCCUAUUCUUUAUAUACUACGCAGGCACAUUAUCAAUCGUCAACGUCAACCGGUUAUCCGUAA